AUGACUAUGAAACAUAUACAAGACAUUGAAAAACACGGUAUCAUUAAAUCAACGAUGUCAUCGUCAAAUAUUUAUUCUACUAACAUUCAAUCACCAAAUGCGUCCGUAACUCCACGCUUAGUAAUCCAAAACGUAUUACAACUAACGAAAAGUCGGAAUAUUAUUUCAUUGCCCAGUUAUCUGAUAGUGAUUCGUUUUACAAAUGGAUCUAUUACUUAUCGGCGAAUAUAUAAUCGACAAGUAUUAAAUAUAUCAGCCUACAAUAUCCGCGAUGUUGACUUACGUACUGGCAAUAAGUCUGGUAAACAAAACAAUCCAUCAUUUCUUCUAUACUUGGAGCCCUAUCGACCAUUAACUUCAAUCGGACAAUAUUGUUAUACGGGUCGAAUAGAAGAACAAUCGGUUAACAUCAUCGUAGGAGAAAAUCCACAUUCAUGCCUAAAUCAUGCAUAUUCGAUUGAUUCUUUACAUGGCGUUACAGUACAAAAACAUCGAUGUAUCCAUUUUGAUGCUAAGAUUGUCGAUGCUGUACCAGGUGAAUAUCCAAAAUUAUUUCGGUUCGAAGAAGUCAGAGUAUAUAAAGAAUCAAGCGUUGAUUCAACAGUUGGCAGUAAAAUUGUUUAUCAUUAUCAUCGACAAUCGGUUGCUGAUUAUCUUAAUACGAACAAACAAUUAACGGGAAAAAACCAGCCGAAUAAAACCGAUUUUGACAUUUAUCCAAAAACAUCCACUGAACUUGUGAUCAUGGUAAAAAAUACAUCGAGGGUAGGUUAUCAUCCUUGCUCGGGCUAUAUUACAGAACGAUUCAAUACAAGUGAACAAACGAAACAAGAAAUUGUUAAAACACAAGCAUUAGUGAUUUAUGUGAAAGGGUUGCAUGCCGCGACAGCUUACAAAAUAUGUUUGACAUGUUUAAUUUCGUUGAACGUGUAUGAAGACGAACAAUGUAAAUUUACUGAAACAAUAAGGAUGUCAACAUCGUCAAAAGUUGUCCUGCUGAAUCAACCAGCAAGACCACUGGGCUCCAGAUCGCUUGAUCCGUCUAGUAGACAUAGUGUACAAUUGAACUCUACGCCAAGUUACAGGUCCCUUCAGUUCGGUACUGAGUGCGAUGAUGAUGGCAUUCCCUUUUCUGGUGUCGGGGUGUAUACAACAUGGCCAAGUAUAAUAUCUCUUACGACUAAUAGUGGAGAAGAUGAAUCGAAUGUACUAUAA